AGUAAAUUGUUUGAAAAAAAAGAAAAAAAAAGUAUGGCGUAGCUAUUUCAACAAUCGUGUAACUUUCGAAACGACACAGACACCAACGUGUUGAAGUAUUUUUGAAACGACCAGGACAAACGGUUUGCGAACAAAAGAAGCUAGACGUGUGGACGUGGAGAACGUCGGAACAUGACAUUUUACCUAUAUUACAUGCAAAAUUCCCAUGUAACCACGAAAUGUUAUUGACGGUCAAAUUCCCGAGGACACGUCAAGUCAGAAACGUUGCUUCUUAAGGCUAAUAAGAUGAAUCCAGCGUGUAAACAAUAUUCGACCGAUAUAAUUGGUCUCAAAAGACCCACGGCUCUGGACAAGCUCUUCGAUUCGAUACCUAAGCCCAAAGGCGCGGUACCAGAAUUUGGACUACCAAAAUGGAAAGUAAUGCCGUUAGAGUCGAAAAUCCCAAUGGUUCCCGGACCGGAGGGUGUUUACAAUUUCACGCGUCGUAAGCUUGGUGAGGAACUAUGGAUCUCCACACCGGACGCGGAGUUUAAUUUAAGCGAUCCAUACGGCUACGAGAUACAAUGGACUUACGACUCCCUCCACGAUAAACAUUUGCUUCCUCACUUCUCCAAACCGAAUAUCAUUCGGCAUUUGAUCAAAUCUGGCUUCGUUACUAAAAAUUUAGACGCAAAAUGUUCUCUGAAAGAUUACAAUAUGUACAGAAGGUAUCUAAGAAGACUGCACUGUGAUAGCAUAAAGAAGGAAUUGAAUAGAAGAACGAAACAAUCCAUCGAGGAGAGAGCGAUCUUGUAUGCUCAAGAACAGGCUGAGAAAGAAGUGAAGAGAUUGAGAGAAAGGGAAAGAUUAAUGGAGUUACGAAAGUCCGCGAUCACGCAAAGCAAGAUGGCUGAGAAAAUGAAGCUGCAAAAGCAGAAAGAGAAACAAAGGAAAAUUGAUGAAAGGUUACAAGCAUUGGCUGAGAAAAAGAAAGAAACUCAACAAAUGCGGUAUAUUAAAAGCAAAGCUCAUGCAGAAAUAAUUCAGCAGAAACAAAUAGCAGCAACAGAUAUUCGAAGGCAAAAGAUAAUUCAAACUCUUUUGGAAUGGAACAGGAAGGAACGUAUACGAAAGAAAAUGAUAGAAACACGAUUAGCGCACGAACAAGAAGAAAAACGCAAGAUCGUAGAACUGAAAUGGGAAGAAAGAUUAGAAUUUCAAAAGAAACAAAUUGAAAAGGAACAGUUUCUGUUGCAAUGCAUAGAAGAUCAAAGGAAUGAAUUUAUAGAUGCAUACCAAGAAAAGGUAGACAGAGAAACAGAAAGAAUGAAAAGACUUUUUGAAGAUGUAAAAAUGUAUAUAAGAUGUUAUUUGGCUAGGCACUUGCCUGGAAGUAGAGAACGCGUUUGCUGUAAAAAAUAUUUCCACGAUGAUGAAGAUGAAACAUUGUUUGUGGAAAGUGAUAAAAAGGAUGCAGCUAAGGUAAUAAAACAAGAUAAAGUAAGAAAAUUUCUAUUAUCUGUUAUUAAAACUGCAAACUAUAUAAUCAAUAAAAAACUAUAUUGAUAUCAAGGUUUGUCUGGUAUAAAAUAUAGUAUCAUUUCAGAUACAGAAAAUGCUUCAGAAAGAAAAGAAAAGGAGUGAAGAAAAGGCUCUAAGCAAGAAUAAAUUAAAGCAGAA